UAGGAGUAUGUGUUCUGGUGAGGCACGAGAGGCCCAGGACUCAGGGUGCCCAGCAUGCCCCUCUGCAGGCCGGUGCCUCGGUGGGCCCAGCCCGGUGCAGCCUCUGCGGGGAAGUGGGUUGCAGGGCCUGAGGAAAGUUAGGUUCCAGCGUUUGCUUGAGAAAAGGAUAUAGUUAGUUCUGCAUGGCUGGGAGCCCUCUCUGCCAUCUCUCAUCCCGUUUUCCCUCUCCCCCAGUAUCCUUAUUCCUCAGUGCUCCCCAGCUCCUGAACCCCCAGCGGCUGCGGGGGACAGGAACAGAUCAUGGUAUGGUGGGUCCUGUCCCAGCAAAGUCCCAGUACCUGGUUUCCUCCUCAGCCUCGGGAGCUAGGUGCUAGUGUUACGCCAUUCUAGUAAUGAAGAACCAGAACUUCACAAGAGCCAAGACGUAAACCCAGGAGUUCACCAUUUUACCCAGGAGGCAUCUCCUGUGUCCCCCCGAGUUCAGGGUCAGGUGGCAGUACGGCGUGGUCUGGUAGGAACACCAGGAGGGAAGCUGAGGUGUCACAUCUCCUGAGCAUACCUGGACACGAGCCCAGCAGUAUAAAUAGAUGUGGCGUCACGCGCCCGAUCGCGUCCUGCUGACAGGACGGGGGAGGCGGCAUUAUCCUGGGCCCCAGGCAGCGCUACAGGAGGUGAGAGCCAACAGCCACGGGUGGCAGGGAGCAUGCCAGCGGAGCGCCAGGGAACUCUGCGAAGGGUCAGACCACUGGACAUCCACAACGCCGAUCUCUGUAGGUCUGCCCUUACCAAGAUCCCUGUGGUGUGUGCUGUGUUCUCUAAGGACUCCGUUUUCCUCAUCCUGCUCCUACAGGUAUGUGGAGAAAGAGAUGAAAGGAAAGCGUUGGGAUGUGGACAUGGCAUUGCUGGUCAUGGAGGCGGGCCCAGAGCCUGGAGGCUGGGAGCCCAAGAGGCUGCGGCCCAGGAGCAGUGGAAACUCGAAGAAGAGAAGAAGAAGAAACUUGAGAGAUUGAACAACUCCAGACUGAAUCUGGAGACCCUGGCUGACUUGAAAAACUUGGUUCAAAGACGAAGAGAAAAGCGACUGAAACGAAGAGUCCCCCCUAGGGCACCUGACCCCACGGUUGAGCCGCAGCCCCAGGCCCAGCUGGAGUCUGUGGACCUGGAGAUGUUCCUGAAGGCAGCUGCCGAGAACCAGGAGGCCCUGAUUGACAAGUACCUGACAGACGGAGGGGACCCCAAUGCCCACGACAAGCUGCACCGCACGGCCUUGCACUGGGCCUGUCUGAAGGGUCACAGCCAGCUCGUGAACAAGCUGUUGGAGGCAGGUGCCACUGUGGACGCUCGCGACCUGCUGGACAGGACCCCCGUGUUCUGGGCCUGCCGUGGAGGACACCUGGACAUCCUCAAAGAGCUGCUUAACCAUGGAGCCCAGGUCAAUGCCCGGGACAAGAUCUGGAGCACCCCCCUGCAUGUGGCCGUGCGCACAAAACACUGUGACUGCCUGGAGCAUCUCAUCGCGUGUGGGGCCCACAUUGAUGCACAGGACAAGGAAGGGGACACAGCUCUACACGAGGCUGUGCGGCAUGGCCACUACAAAGCCAUGAAGGUGCUGCUGCUCUACGGAGCCAAGCUGGGUGUGCAGAAUGUGGCUUCAGUGACCCCGGUGCAGCUAGCACGAGACUGGCAGCGGGGUAUCCGGGAAGCACUGCAGGCCCACGUUGGGCAUCCCCGCACCCGGUACUAGUGACAGCAGACCUACAGCGUCACUUCACAGCCACCAUUCCAUCCCCUUCACCUCCCAUCCUCACGCCCUCAGUCGUCCACACCCCUCUGUGGGUCUCACCUCAGUCCUCAUUCCUCUGGCCUGGGGCUGCUUCCUGAGGCCAGCAGGUGAAUAAAGCAGGCGUCCCUGGCCCCCGAGGCAGGGAAGACUUGGUCCCUGCCAGAGCACAAGCUAGGAAGGGCUGAUGCAGAGGACCACAGGGAAGCAGGGAACAAAGUGGGUCCAGAUGAGGAACGAACGGUGUAGGGAGAGUGGGAAUCCAGGAUGGAGCGAAAGUGGAAGUCCUAAACCUCGAGCUGCCCAGGGUUGGGUACUAGAUGUCCUCGGUGUCCCCUGGUCCUCAGUCUGGGAGACUGUGCCCUUCCCUCCUGGGUGGGGAUUCAGUACUUGGCUAGUAGCUGCCCUGAGGCAGGGGUGUCUCUGGGGACUCCAUUCCUAUCAGCAGCAACCCUGAUAGCGUGUGGAGUGCUCUAUACAACUUUGGCCUUAGGGAUUCUGGAGUUGGGUCUGGCCGUCUGGAGGGGAUGCUCAAUAGGUCUGAGGCCCCACCGCAGCAGAAGCCCAGCACCAACUGGUUGCCUCAGAAGCCCUAAGGCUGAGGAGCUAGAGCUGAGGUUUUAUUUUAGGGAAACUUUGUGCCUACUGCCUCAGGGCUCUGGUCAGCCUGCUGCUCUCUAGUUGGCCAGCUGGUGGCGCUUCUUGUAAGGGUGAAGUGCCUGGGAGCUGGGGAUUGCUUGUGGCCCACCCAGCUUUUGGGGUGGUGGCCCGUAACCCUCCUUUGCCCCAGGCAACAUCCCCCUGGCCCUAGAGCUUGGGCUCUUGCCCGCACCGUGCAGCUGCACCUGCUCUGCUUUCUCCCACUGCUGAGGCGGGACACCGAGGAGCUGGUGGCUCAGUCCUGGAGGGGAAGCAGAGGAGUGAAGAGCACACCUGCUGCUUUCCCUCCUCUGCGAAGUGGUGGCAGAUUUAGGACCCAGUCUCCCACAAGCUCUCCUAAAGGCCCCUCCCUUUCACUCCCUUUUCCGUUCCAUGGCGCAGACCCUUACUGCUGGCAGGACUGGGUCCUGAACUGGCAGACAGUGAAUUGUAAGGAACUCUGUCCUAAAUGGAGAACUACAAGCGGAGGGCCUGGCUUUAAAAUGAAGGGCCAGCCUCCCUCAUGUACAUAAGGCACCUGGAUUGGCGGUCUUCUCAGGCCAAGCAUAAGGCUAUUCUUAAGAUAUGAAAAAGUGACUAGAGCUCCCACUGUGGGGGCCGCACACCUUCCUUCUCACGGGACAGCUCCUGCCCUGCGGUGUACUGUAAGGACAGUCUGCCCAGAUGCCAGAGCCGUAUUCAAGUCCAUGAAGGAGACAACUCCCCAUCUAGAAAAUGGGGACCCUUACGUGACAGACAAAAACACUGUUUUAUAUGCAUAAAUAUUUUUUGUUCAUU